AUGCUCGGCAAGACCUUCUUCGGCCUGAUGGCCAUGACCUUGGCCGUCACCGUGCCCGCCGCCGCCAAGGGCCACGGCAGCGACCAGCCUGCACCGGCGCACAACGCGUCGUUCGCCGUCUACUCUGGCCUCACGUGCUACGACCCCAACACCAAGGACUACAUGGACCCCCACGCACCCAAGACCGUCGACCCCACCACCGUCAAGGCCUACCACAGCGACAGCACCAAGGGCAGUUCUCCCAAUGACCCCUUCGGUCACGCCGGCAUGCUCACCAACUCGAUCAAGGCCGAAUAUGUUGCUUCCGGCCCUGGCGCUUGCGGCUUUUACAGGGACACUUCGAUGACGGCCUGCCUCAACUGGAACUGGACCCUCCCCGGCCGCCAGAACCUGCCGGUCGACAACGCCACCCGCUUCCCCUGCAACACCUGGGUCGAGGUCAACUACAACGGCAAGAAGAUCCAGGCCCGCGUCCAGGACAAGUGCCCGGGUGCCGGAUGCGACGGUAUCUGGCUCUCCAAGAGGGCCUUUGGCCUGCUUGCCGGCAGCGAGGGUAUCAAGGCUGGCAGCCUGCCUCCGGGCUCCCUUGACUGGAAGUUCCUUAACAGGCCUCCCUGCUGGGCCGCCUGGGGCGGUAUCGGCGGAAACACCCUCGACGGCAACGUUGACAAGUGCGAGCCUGGCACCUUCGACGACUACGGCAACGUCUUCGACGGACUGAAGACAGGCAGCGACCGCGUUGUUGGACCCGCCGUUGCCGAGAAGUGCCCCGCCACUGGCUCCAACGGACCCAACGUCCCCGACGCCGGCUCCAAGGGUGGCGACUCGGGCUCCAAGGGUGGCGACUCGGGCUCGGGUACCAAGAACAGCGUAGGUACCAAGGCCGACUGCAAGCCUGGCCAGAGCGGCUCCGCCGACCAGGGCAACAAGUCUGACUCCCCCGCUGCCCCCGCCGCCCAGCCCCAGAGGAGGUCGCAGUCCGGCUUCCGUCGCGAGAGGGCCUAA